AGUUAUCAUGACGUGGACUGUCUGCUUCCACUGUCGCGUUACAGUGGUCGAGACUCAGCCGAGGAACAGCAGCAGAAGCAACAGCAGCGGCAGGAGAGCCGGCAAUUCAGCUUCCCACCGAGAGCAAACACGAUUUAUUUAACCUGGUCAACAGCUCAUUUGUUGACUACGAUGAGGUGGUGACCCUGGGUCGGCCAGGCCGUGAGAUGUUUCCAGCUUGGCUCAGAGAAAAGACGGAGCAGAGAGACUGAGAAAGAAGAAUGGGCAGGAGCGUUUGGGGCUUCUGGCAAGGCGUGUUCUCUACUGCAGUGCUCUAUGGUUCUUUGGCCCUGUUCACGUCCAUCCUCCACAAUGUGUUCCUGCUUUACUAUGUGGAGACAUUUGUGUCCGUCUACAAGAUUGAUAAAGUCUCCUUCUGGGUGGGAGAGACGGUGUUCCUUAUAUGGAACAGUCUAAAUGACCCUCUCUUCGGCUGGCUGAGUGAUCGCUCCUUCCUCAGCUCUCCUCAGACUGGCUCUCAGAUCACAUCUCCAGAGGUGGUGCUAAAGCGCCUGAGGGCUCUCGCCACAAAUGGCCCUCUCUUCGCUCUGUCGUUCCUGGCCUUCUGGGUGGCGUGGGCCAGGCCGGGCCUGCAGUUCCUGCUCUGCCUGUGCCUCUAUGAUGGUUUCCUCACUAUGGUGGACCUCCAUCACAGCGCCCUGCUGGCCGACCUCGCAGUGUCCGCCGCUGAUCGCACGCGCCUCAACUUUCACUGCUCAGUGUUCAGCGCUUUGGGCUCGUUCUCUGUUUUUCUGUCCUACUCUUUCUGGGACAAGGAGGACUUUUACUUUUUCCGUCUCUUCUGUGUGACUCUGGCAGCUUUUUCCAUUCUAGGCUUUUUCUUAGUGUCCAGGAUGCUACUACAUCGCUUUCAAAAAGAAGUCCGUCCAAGACAGGAUGAGGCACUGGCACUCAAAGAGCUGAGUGUUGGCCAUGCUCCACUUACCCAGCCAGAAAAACCUGUCACUAUUGGACAGUACCUCAAGCAGCUCUCCACACACAGGAACUUCAUGUGGUUUGUGUCAAUGAACCUUGUUCAGGUGUUUCACUGCCACUUCAACAACAACUUCUUCCCCCUUUUCCUUGAGCAUCUCCUCUCUGACAAUAUUUCCGCCUCUACAGGUUCCAUCUUACUCGGGAUCUCUUACAUUGCCCCCCACCUGAACAACUUGUAUUUCCUGACACUGUGCCAGCGUUAUGGGGUUUACCAGGUUAUCCGCUGGCUAUUUUUGCUCAAACUGGGACUUAGUGUGGUUAUGGUGCUGGCAGGGGCUGACCACAUUUAUCUGCUGUGCAUCUUCAUUGCUAGUAACCGGGUAUUUACAGAGGGGACCUGCAAGCUACUGAAAUUAGUCAUUUCCGAUCUGGUGGAUGAAGACUUUGUGGUCAACCGACGUCAGCAGGCCGCCUCUGCACUUGUCUUCGGGAUGGUUGCCUUGUUGACCAAACCUGGCCAGACAUUUGCCCCUCUCAUUGGCACCUGGCUGCUCUGUGUUUACACAGGUUAUGAUAUUUUUGAGAGGGAGCCUGUGAAGGACUCUCUGGUUUCUGUGCCUGACAUUGCCUCCGGCUCCGGGACUCCACCUCUACGCCUGGGCUGCUUCUACAUGUUGGUGUUUGUGCCUAUCACCUGUGCCCUGCUCCAGCUGGCUGCCUGGUCUCGCUUCACACUUCACGGCCGCAAACUGCAGGGGAUCAAGACCAUGAGGCAGGGGGCCCAGCACGGCCACCUAAUCGAUGUCAAGGCCAUAUGAACUGAACAAAGGCUGGAUGAAAGCUGCACACAGACACUUUUAAAUAGUUUAAAAUCAGUUUUACAGUUCCUUUGAUAAUAACUCCGAAGAUGAAGCAGAAACCUGCUCUGAUUGAUUCUGCAGCCCAGCCUAGUGAAUAUGAACCACUACACAACAUGUGACUUUGUGGACAGUGAAAACAAAUCUCAAAUGCACAAAUCUCACUGGAAGGAACAUGAAACAUUACAAAAAUGAAACCUGCCUUAUUUUUUAUACUAAACUGUUGAUCUAUAUUUAUAUUUGAACAGAUGACCAAAAGAUAAAGUAGAGCCAAUCAAUCCUUUGGAUGUAGAAGGACCAAGGUGACAACUUUUUAUGGUGCAGGCCAAAGAUGGAGUGCCCCUUUUUUAAAAUGGUUGUAAAGCAUAAUUCUAACUACAAUCUGACUCCUUUUACUGCUCAGUAAUCGUCAGUAACAUCAGUAGGUUUACCACAGAGCUAAUGUUCCAAUUUGUAAUGUUAUGAACAGGAUGAAGAAAAUGAAAUAAAAUUACAUUAAUGUGU